UCGAGAGGGAAAAACCUAAAACCCUGCCCUCCCGAUGGCGGCGGCGAACGGCGCCGCCGCUCGGCGCCCGCGGCCGAACGUGCUGGUGACGGGGACGCCGGGCACGGGGAAGACGACGACCUGCUCCCUCCUCUCCGAAGCCGCGGGCCUCCGCCACGUCAACAUCGGCGACCUCGUCCGCGAGAAGGGCCUCCACGACGGCUGGGACGACGACCUCGAGUGCCACGUCAUCAACGAGGACUUGGUCUGCGACGAGCUUGAGGACAUGAUGGAAGAAGGUGGUAUACUGGUAGAUUACCACGGAUGUGAUUUCUUUCCAGAGCGUUGGUUUGACCUAGUAGUUGUGCUCCAGACUGAUAACUCAAUUCUGCAUGAUCGCUUGACCAGCAGAGGCUAUACGGGUUCCAAGCUCUCAAACAACAUAGAGUGUGAGAUCUUCCAAGUGCUCUUGGAGGAGGCGAGGGGGAGCUACAAAGAGGACAUUGUGAUGCCCUUGAGAAGCGACAACGUGGAGGAUAUUAGUAGGAACGUAGGUACAUUGACAGACUGGGUAAAUAACUGGAGACCAUCCUGAUGAGCUAAUUGACCUGUUAAACCUAUAUGUUGCCCUAGGGGUAGUACUCCACUACUCCCCCCUACCCCCACCCAUGACCCACCCACAAAAAAAAAAUGGAAAGACGAACAAAUAUAUUGACUUGGAUCGUAUGCUUUGUUUAUUGGUUUGUAUUGUCUGACGAAGUGGGGUUUAUUUCCCUAACAUAUGUAUGUCUUAGAUUGUAAGAAUACAAUUUUGAAUGUGUAAAUUAUUAGUUUGGAUUUUUCAUUGAGAUA